CGACGUGGUACUGUGGUAUGCAUUGUGGACACUGCCAGUCUCGGCACCUACGUACGUAGUCGGUUCUGCACUGCUGAAACAUUGAUGAUUCGUGUAAGCGUCAUGUUUGAAUCGUGCCAGAAAUGGCCAUGGUAUCUUGUUGGCUACUUAUAGACUUGUAAUUGCACAUGGCGUUUUGUGGCUUGCCUAUUGCCAUCGUGGCCGUAGGCUUGUGUUUAAGCUGUCCAGUCGAGGCCAGCAUCAAAGCCUGGCGUCGGACUCGGCGUCAAGCCCUGUUCCUGUCAAGCAUUUCGCCCCUGGCCCUGCCGCCGCCCAUCCUGCAUCCUGCCCUGCCAGGCUCUAAGUUAGUUCCUAGUCGGCGCCUUGGCCAUUUUGAGCUCUCCCGUGUUUGUGAGCGAGGAUCCCCGAUCCACUCUCAGCUGUCGCCUGCCGCCUGUCUAACAUGACAGGUUCACCAGUCUGUUGGAGUCGCCGUUUCUUCCCAUC